AUGGAGACCGCGAGUCUGCCGGUGAUUGUGGUGGAGAUCGGUCAUAUCCCCUUCUGCCAGUUGUGGACCUCACUCUGCCUCACCCAGAACCACUACCAGACUGUAGUCUCCAUCAUGGUGUGUUCUUCUGUCCGGCCGUCAGAGCCACCACUGGGCACAUCAUCUCCCCUGGUCCCCUGUGCUCCUGUCCAGUCUGGGUUCCAGCUCCUCUGCAUGUUUCCUUUCUCCUGA